AUGGGUGAGGCAGCGUGUGAGUUUUGCGGCGUGGCCAAGGCCGUCGUCUACUGCAAAUCCGACUCCGCCGCCCUCUGCCUCCAGUGCGACGGCUACAUCCACUCCGCCAACGCACUCUCCCGCCGCCACCCCAGAUCCCUCCUCUGCGACACCUGCGCCUCCCGGGCCGCCGCCGUCCGGUGCCUCGACCGCGGCCUCUCCCUCUGCCACGCCUGCUCCGCCGCCUCCACCGCCGCCGCCGAUCGACUCCGGCGAGUCGAUUUGGGGAUCUACGACGGGUGCCCUUCACAGUCAGAUCUCUCCAAAUUGUGGCCGACGGUGUUCGACAACUGCGAUUCGGAGCUUGUGAUGAAUUCGACAUUAUUGGUAUCGGGUGGUGGAGUGGUGCCGGACGUGAAAUUCGGGCCGUGGGCCGUUGUUCCGCCGGCGCCGCCGCCUCAGGUUUCGUUGUCCAGCGGUGGGAAUCAGAGGUUGUCUCGUGCAUCUUGCCGAGAUCAAUUGUCUUUCUUGUCCCAAGGCUCACCACUUGAACAGGAUCUCGCGACUCGAGAAACCGAAGAUCUUCACGACAUGGAUGGGAUAGGCCUGUGCUUUGAGAGCGGUUACGGAAUUUUCGGUAAUAAUUUGACAAGUCGGCCGAAUUCGAGCCGUGAAGACGAAGGAAUCGCAAGCAUACUCAUGGAGAAUAACAUCUCAGUAUCCAAACCGAAUAGAGCUCACAUCGAAAGUAGUCCUUUAGAGGCAUCCUCGACUUUCCCACCUCCUAUGAGUGCAAAUGCUAGCUCUAUAAUGAUGAAUCCGAGUGCUAGCCUUGGGUUCACGAGCGGUCAACUGCAGCCUCCCUUGUCUCUUGCGAUAUCAAGCAUAACGGGCGAGAGUAAUGCAUCCGAAUAUCAAGAUUGUGGGCUCUCGCCUUUGUUCCUAACGGGCGAGUCUCCUUGGGACUCGAAUCUCGAGCCUUGUUGCCCACAGGCGAGAGAUAAGGCCAAGAUGAGAUACAAUGAAAAGAAAAAAACGAGAACGUUCGGAAAACAAAUCCGGUACGCUUCGCGUAAAGCAAGGGCUGAUUCAAGAAAACGCAUCAAGGGUAGAUUCGUCAAAGCCGGUGAAUCUUUAGAGCACGACGAGCCCGGUGGAUCCGGAACAAGGGAUUUCUAA